AUGUCCUCCGAAACCCCCCUCCUCUCAGAUCUCUGCACAAUAUGCCAUAUCCAACCCCCAAAAUACCGCUGUCCCCGCUGUUCAACCCGCACCUGCUCCCUUCCCUGUUCGCGCCGCCACAAACUCUGGUCCCAAUGCAGCGGCGUCCGCGAUCCAGCCGCCUACAUGAAGAAAAACGAACUAGCGACCGAAUCCGCCUUCGACCGAGACUUUAAUUUCAUCACAGGUAUCGAGCGUACUCUGGAGCGCGCGGAGCGUGAUGCCGAGAAUAGGGGGAUCUCUGUACAGCCUGGGACUUCUGGGCGAGGGGUGGAUCUAGCGGUUGUGGGGCUGGAUGGGGAUGAGGAGAGUGGUGGUGGUAAUGAAACGGGGAGGAAGAGGAGGAGGGUUGAGGGUGGUUCUGGGGGGUUUGUGAAGGGGGAGUAUGGGUUUCUUAGGGGCGCGGAGGAAGCUGGUGUUACUGUUCUUCGGGCGCCGAGGGGGAUGAGUCGGAAUAAGGCCAAUGCGUCGAAGUGGUUGCCUAAGAACAAGUGCCUAAACUGGACGGUCGAGUGGAUUGCUCCCGAUGGGGAGAGGAGGAAUAGACUCUGUUUGGAAUCGUCGACUCUUGCGGAGGCCUACAAUCGGUCUUUUCCAUUGUCUAAGGAGGAGCGUGAACAGAAGAAGAAAGGCCAGGAAAGCAAGUCGGAACAAGUGGACGUCAAUUCAUCUGAACAACUUCCUGAUACACACGACCCUACUCCGUCUCCCGCAGAAGCUACGCCUCAAGAAACUGUGCCUCAGGAAACUAUGCUUCCCAACCCUGAGAGCGAGACAAAACCGGACAUCGCACCGGAAAUCCCGGAAAACCAGCCUACGACAUCCACGGAUGAGAUUACCUCCCACCGCGACCUCUACUUCUAUCUCCAUCGCCCGCGGACGAGCACGAAACGGCCGGUGCUUGUCCCUCUCUCUCCCACUGCCACCCUCACCUCCGCUCUACGUGGCCGCACCGUUCUAGAAUUCCCGACUAUCUAUAUUCUAUCAGACUCACCGGAUGCCUUGUCUUCGGAGCAAGAGAACGCAAAGUUCCUUCUCGAGAAAGAUUAUCUACGCACACAGCCACAAGGUGAAAUCGAGUCGGGAGAAACUUCCGAGACGGAUGGCGACCAACCGGCACCCGGGUCCGUGGAUAUUUCAAAUCUAGAUGAGAGAAAAGUGUUGGAGGUGCUGCAGAAAGAUCUAUUGGAGCCCGUUUAG